AUGAUGAUCAAAGUGAAAACAUUAACUGGUAAAGAAAUUGAAGUUGAUAUUGAUGGAACUGAUAAAAUCGAACGUAUUAAGGAACGUGUUGAAGAAAAAGAAGGUAUCCCUCCACCACAACAACGACUUAUAUUCGGUGGAAAACAAAUGAUGGAUGACAAAACAAUAAUUCGUAUCGUUAAACAAACCAACAUUUUUAUUGAUACUAAUGUUGAAACAAAUUCUAAAACUUGA